GCAGCGGCGACGCCGCGGCGGCAUCUUUGUCUUUAUCAGCCUCGAAGAUGGAUUUGUAUAAAUAAUAAAGAUCGCUUCCAUCCAAAGACAGAAGCAGUUCAUAUCUCGAAUUGAAAGAACCAAACAAGAAGCAGAAAGAUGCGCGCAUUCAUCGUCUUGUGUUUAGUGGCAGUCGCCUGCGCCGAUAAGCUCGGCUACAACUACCAGCCCGUGGGACACUCCAACUCCGGCCUGUCCUUCGCUCCUGGCAGCGGCAGCAUCGGCGGUGGCAGCAUCGGUGGUGGAAGCAUCGGCGGUGGAAGCAUCGGCGGAGGCAGCCUCGGCGGUGGAUCCCUUGGCGGUGGAUCGAUUGGCGGUGGUUCCCUGGGCGGUGGAUCCCUCGGUGGUCUGGGCAGCCUUGGCGGUCUGGGCGGUCUCGGUGGUCAGUCCAACGAUGCUAUCAGCGCUCCCGUCUCCUACAACGCCCCUGCCCCAACUGCCGAGCUCGAGAAGGAGUUCUUCACCUACUCCGCCAACGAACAGGACUUCGAUGAGCCCCAGGAAUUGGAACGCGUCUCCAGCUCUGUGAACAAGGGUCUGCGCGUCGUCUUCAUCAAGGGACCCGAGAACCGUGGCCUGGAGAACGCUGCCCUGGCCCUGGCCAAGCAGGCUGCCCAGCAGGAGACCGCCAUCUAUGUCCUCAACAAGCAGGCUGACAUCGGAGAUCUGGCCAACAAGCUGAACUCCAUCCGCAGCAACUCCAACAACAAGCCCGAGGUGCACUUCGUCAAGUACCGCACCCCCGAGGACGCUGCCAACGCUCAGCGCGCCAUCCAGUCGCAGUACGAUCAGCUCGGUGGAUCCUCCCAGGCCACCGAUGGUGGUGUUGCCCCAGCCCUGAACUUCGCCUCCGCUGGUCCAGUGCGUCAGGCUACCGCGCAGAACCCCGACAACUCCUACCUGCCCUCUUCGGUGUUCCGUCGUCUGCGCUUCUAAAUGGAUUCCAGGACUUAGCUUAAGUGUGAACCGACUGUAGAUGCGACUUACGACCGACUCUUAUUGUUACAAAUUGUUGACUAAUGCAUAAUUACACGAAUAAAUUUUAUAUUUGAACCCGAAAA